AUGUGUGCCCUGUGUUGAUAUGUGUACUCUGUCAGUAAAUAUAUAUUUAAUUAAAUUAUUUCAUGAAUGUAUUUUACAUUUAAUUUUGAUGAAGAAAGUUUAUUCUUCUCUCCAUUAGCAAGGUCUUGUGAUGGAGCGCGCGGCAAAUAUCCUGAAGUGAUAUAGACCAGGCCAGAGUAGCAGAGGGCAGAAUAGAAACCCUCUCCAAUUCCACUUUAUAUUUGUUUAAAUACUUAUACUUAGAGGGAAAACGGUCAACCAAUCCAAAGUAAAGGACCAAAGAAAAAUAAUGUAUGUUUUUGUGAGGUUUUUGGAAGACGAUAUGUGCUACGCUUUACCUGCUUCAAAUGUGAAAGAUUUUAGACCUCUGCACAAGACAGAUUUUGAUAAUCAGGUGUAUCUGGUUCUCAGAACAGAAGAGAAUGGUGCAGGCCAGCCGGGCAAAGCACAGAUUCUUGCCCUUGCAGAUAACAUUGAUGAGUUUGAACACAAUAUAAUGCAAAAGAAGAUGAAAAUUCCUAAGAUGUCGACAAGGAAUAUGGGAAAUUCAGUUGAGAACCACUUUGGGGAGGAACGACUGCCAUUGAGACAUAAAAAGGCCCAGACACAGGACCAUGGGCGUCCCACAGCCAACUCCUCGAAGAGCCUGGCAGCGGUGGUGGCCCGCCUGGAGAGGAACGCUGUGAGUUCCUGCAUAGAGGGAGAUGAUGACCUGGAGGAGGACAGGCUGGCUGAGUUGGAAGAGGAGGGGGACUCUGGGCCCGAGAAGGCGGUGGUACCGCGGGUUCUGUAUGAGGAGCUGGUCCACAGCUACAGGCAGCAGGAGGAGGAGGUGAGGAGGCUACAGCAGGAGCUGGAGAGAACCCGCAGGCAGCUGGUCCAGCAGGCCAAGAAGCUGAAGGAGUAUGGCAGCCUGCUGACAGAGGUGAAGGAGCUGCGUGACUUCAACAGGAGGCUGCAGGACGUACUCCUCAUGAGGCUCGGCAGCGGUGAGAGUCACACACUCUCCAGUCACCUCUCACUGCAGCCUGCCUUGCACAUCUGUUCAGAGCCUAUGCAUGACAAUGGCACUCAGACAAUCAAAGCAGAGGUGGUGGAGCCCGUCGUUGAGCCACAGGAAGUGUACAGGGAAGAGGCCAAUACCAGCUCCAGCCACUCACCCUCCCCUAGAACAGUCUACACUUGUAAUGAUGGCAAGGUGCACCUGGGCGGGGGCAUCUGGGUGCAGGAAGAGAAGUGGCACCAGCUACAGCGAACACAGGGAGACUCCAAGUUUACCAAGAACCUGGCCGUCAUGAUCUGGGGCACUGAGACCCUCAAGAACAGGAGUGUCACUGGCGUGGCCACCAAAAAGAAGAAAGAUGCCCUUCCCAAGCCCCCGCUCUCCCCAAGCAAGCUGAAAAUAGUCAGAGAGUGUCUGUAUGACAGAGUGUCUCAAGAAACAGCAGACAGCACAGAGAUCACACAAAGAUUGUCCAAAGUGAACAAAUACAUUUGUGAAAAAAUUAUGGAUAUCAACAAAUCCAUCAAGAACGAGGAGAGGCGGGAAUCGAAGCUGCUCAUUAAACAAACUGUCAAGAAAGAGAAUUUUACCUAUGAUGGCAUGUAGUGUCGUAAAGUUGUCACCAUACUGUACCUCUCAUUUUCUGGUGGGUAGGAUCAUGUGUGCCAGCACUAGAGGUUUUCAGUGAGGGCCCAAGGCCCUAAACAAUCCAUCAGCUGUAAGACAGCUUUACCUACCAGUCAAUGCCAUGAGUGGUUGAGUGCUUUGGUGUGAGUCAUAUGAACGGGUGUGAGUAUUUUUACAAGCUUUAAGUAGGACUUUCUUGAACUGCACUGUUGGUUAAGGGCUUGUAAGUAAGCAUUUCACGGUAAGGUCUACAUGUUGUAUUCGGCGCAUGUGACCAAGUUUGAUUUGGCUGGGUGGACCUGGGUUUUUAGAGAUGUUUUUGUGUGGAGAGAUUCUUAAAGCAAUCUGGUUGUUAGAGAAUGCAGUCGCGCUCAAACCAAAUGUUCUGUGUCAGAACAUGACAUUGAGUACUAAUUUUUCUCAGUGAUUUCCCUUGAAAAAUAAAUAUUCUGGUUAUAAGAAGAUAUUUUGGAAUAAUCAUGUUCGUGUGUGUGGUGGAAAGGUUAGCCAUGACGAAGGCCUUAGUGUUGAGGUCUCUGUGUGUGCUAUUGGUACUUAAUGUGUUUUGGGGAGGAUGUAAAGAUGCACUUUUACAACAAGGUCUUAAUUGAUCGAGGCCACAUUGCACAGAUAUUCUGUUGCCCUAGAGAUUAUUGCUAGGUAUCUUCCAUGGAAAUAUGGAUUUCCAUAGUAUAGAGCACCAAUGAACAUUAAGAGUUUGGUUCAGAGGUUUAUCAUUGUUUCAGUGCGGUGCUUGUCCAUGUCAGACUAGCAACGUUCUUGAGAAGACACAAUAUGUUAUUUUCUGGAUACUUGGUUCACAGUAUUUAUCUAUCCUACUUGCGAGAUCCAAUUCAAGAAUUUAUUUUAAGAAUGGGAAAUGUCAGAAUAAUAGUAGAGAUUUAUUUCAGCUUUUAUUUCUUUCAUCACAUUCCCAGUGGGUCAGACGUUUACAUGAACUCAAUUAGUAUUUGAUAGCAUUGCCUUUAAAUUGUUUAACUUGGGUCAAACGUUUCGGGUAGUCUUCCACAAGCUUCCCACAAUAAGUUGGGUGAAUUUUGGCCCGUUCCUCCUGACAGAGCUGGUGUAACUGAGUCAGGUUUGUAGGCCUCCUUGCUUGCCCACACUUUUUCAGUUCUGCCCACAUAUUUUCCAUGGGAUUGAGGUCAGGGCUUUGAUGGCCACUCCAAUACCUUGACUUGGUUGUCCUUAAGACAUUUUGCCACAUCUGGGGCGGCAGGUAGCCUAGUGGUUAGAGCGUUGGACUAGUAACCGAAAGGUUGCUAGAUCAAAUCCCCGAGCUGACAAGGUACAAAUCUGUCGUUCUGCCCCUGAAAAAGGCAGUUAACCCACUGUUCCUAGGCUGUCAUUGAAAAGAAGAAUUUGUUCUUAACUGACUUGCCUUGUUAAAUAAAGGUAAAAUAAAAAAUUAAACGUUGGAAGUAUGCUUGGGUUCAUUGUCCAUUUGGAAGACCCAUUUGCGACCAAGCUUUAACUUCCUGACUGAUGUUGCUCCAAUAUAUUCAAAUAAUUUUCCCCUCAUGAUGCCAUCUAUUUUCUGAAGUGCACCAGUCCCCUCCUGCAGCAAAGCACCCCACAACAUGAUGCUGCCACCCUCGUGCUUCAUGAUUGGGAAGGUGUUCUUCGACCUGCAAGCUUUCCCCUUUUUCCUCCAAACAUAACGAUGGUCAUUAUGCCAGAGGACAUUUAUCCAGAAAGUACGAUCUUUGUCCCCAUGUGCAGUUGCAAACCGUAGUCUGGCUUUUUUAUGGUGGUUUUGGAGCAGUGGCUUCUUCCUUGCUGAGCAGCCUUUCAGAUUAUGUCGAUAUAGGACUCGUUUUACUGUGGCUAUAGAUACUUAUGUCUGCUAAAUGACUUAAAUGUAAAUGUUAUGUCCCUGUUUCCUCCAGCAUGUUCAAGUUCCUUUGCUGUUGUUCUGGGAUUGAUUUGAACUUUUCACACCAAAGUACGUUCAACUCUAGGAGACAGAACACGUCUCCUUCCUGAGCGGUAUUACGGCUGCGUGGUCCCAUGGUGUUUAUACUUUCGUACUAUUGUUUGUACAGAUGAACGUGGUACCUUCAGGCGUUUGGAAGUUGCUCCCAAGGAUGAACCUUGUGGAGGUCAACAUUGUUUUUCUGAGGUCUUGACUGAUUUUCUUUUCAUUUUCCAAUGAUGUCAAGCAAAGAGGCACUGAGUUUGAAGGUAGGCCUUGAAAUACAUCCACAGGUACACCUCCAAUCAACUCUAAUUAUGUCAAUUAGCCUAUCAGAAGCUUCUAAAGCCAUAACAUCAUUUUCUGGAACUUUUUCCGAGCUGUUAAAGGCACAGUCACCAUACUGUUUGUAAACUUCUGACCCACUGGAAUUAUGAUACAAUUAAUUAUAAGUGAAGUUAUCUUGUCAGUAAACAAUUGUUGGAAAAAUCACUUGUCAUGCACAAAGUAGAUGUCCUAACCGACUUGCCAGAACUAUAGUUUGUUAACAAGAAAAUUGUGGAGUGGUUGAAAAAUGAGUUUUAAUGACUCCAACCUAAGUGUAUGUAAACUUCAGACUUCAACUGUAAAUGUCAUUAUUGUAGAAGUUAUCUUUAUUCAAACUGUCCUGCAGGUCAUUAAAACUGUUUUGGAGAAAGGCCUUAGAAUAUGGCAAUUAUUGGGGACUGUGUCCUCAAGUUUUCUAGUAAGCUGUGAUUGUAAAGUAAAGCUGAUAUAGCUUUAAACUGCACUUUGGUGUCUGAAUGUGAAAAGUUGCCAGAUACUGUGUGUGGCUGUAGGUAAAGCUGUCUGCAGCGGCCAGUGUUAGUCUUGAUCCCUGUGGGCCUGGAUUAAGCCAACUUCCUGCUCUCUUACAGCCCUCUUUUUUUGAGGCACACCACUUGGAAUGAAAUAAGGUAUAGUGACAACUUCCAAUGACAUGCCAUCAGAACUUUUCAAAUGUCUUCUUUGUUUUUCCCCAAACGGCUUGUCUGGCUGUCUGCGAUCUGGAAUUAAAUGCUGCAGAUUGAAUUCUCAACUGUGACCAUGUGGCUAACUGUGAAUCACCUGCAGGUCUGCCUGUCAAGCCUUUUUGUCUCAUCACUUUCUAUUUUUGUUUGUGUCUGUCUAUGGUUUUUCUUUAUAGUUCUUACCAUUCGGUCAACCUUUUGUUAAGCUACCAUAUGUGGGGAUAUUUUAGUGUGUAUAUAACUAGUAGUUUCUUUCACAAAUCGUGGAUUUUCAGUUUUUAGUCCGACUUACACGUUACCAUGUUAAAUACCUUUUCGGUCUUUGUCUGGUUUGUUAAUUGACAUUGCAAUUCCUUUGUUACUUGGUGAUUUAUUUUUCUGUUUGUUUAUUUUCGUAAUCAGCGUUGGCUUUAAGCUUGAUGUUGUAUCCCAAAUGUAUAUCAGGAGCAUCUAAACUCAAAGAAAUUAAGUGUCUCUUGUGUGACCUCAAGACAAACCACAACACUCUUGACAUAUCUUAUGUUUCCCCUGUUUUAAGGAUUGGUCAGACUAGCAAAUCAAUCAUUGAAUGCACUUUAAAUCUCUUGUGACCGAUUGUCUAUUUCCAAAGAAAUGGAUUGUUUGCAAAAUGGAAAAAAGACAACGAACAAUCAAUGUAUUAUAUAUUUGAGUUCUGGUUUGCUAUUUGUAUGAACUGAAUAAGUGUGAAGAGUGGUCCUUAGUAAGCAAUGCCACUGGCACUUACUGCUUUAUAUUCCCCAGGUUUAGCCUAUUCCCUCCCACCUGCCACUCCACAGAUAUUGGAAUAAGCUUUAGACCUCAAACUAAUGUGUAAAACAAAGAUGUUUUGUUUUUUAAAGCAACUUCCUUUGAGACAGACGAUAUAAUUCUACAGAGGAACUGCAUAAUAGUUGUUCAAAAUGUUAAGAUAAUCUUGUCUGCUGCUCUCUUGUCCUGUUGUUUCCAUGUUUGACAGUUAUUUUUAUGUGCUUUGAAUUGACCCUAUUAUUUAAAUGAUGUGAUUGUUUAAGACGUAGACUAGGGAGUGGGACGCUGGGAACACUGGAAGCUCUGCUGGAAUGAUAUCCUGGUUGAAUGAUUGCCAAAAAUAAUCUACAGCCCUUUUCAGUCCACUGUUAUUUUUGUCAAACAAAUGUUCAAAUCUGAGAAAUUGCACAUUCCCUGUAUUUUGUGGUGCGGUGGAGUAGUUAAGAAAAAAGUCCAGUUUUAUAACCGGCCCCUCCCUCUCUGUUUGGACAACUAAUGGUUAAGGUGGGCACGGCAAUUUACUAUACAAUACAUGGCUUGUCGUCACUCAGCCCUCACAGCCAUUGGUCCCUUUAUGGCCCGCCAUGUCAUGUUGCAGCUUUGCUGUUAUUGACAGUAGAAUCACGCUGAACCCUAGGCUGCACUAGAUGCCAAGCUAUCGCUAGUGGUUAAACAUUGGAUCCAUCUGUGUUACCAGACAGGAUAAUGUGUUGGAAUGGCUAUAGAGCAGGGAAGGGCAGCUCUGAGCCACAGGGAUGGCAGACUCCAUCAGCUCACUACAAACAGAUAGCAUGGGAACUGACUGGGGAUGGGGAAUUGGGUGGGUUGACAUAUCAAACAAACAAGGACUGUACUGUGCUAUUUCAUCUAAUGUGAUUCACAAAUUCAAGGACCUUGGCAAUGGAGAUGUGCAUUACGAAUGGAUUGUGUGCUCUUAACUGAUUGUGUAGCGGUGCUGGAUAUAUUGAGUGUUGUUGUGGAUGAGUGGUAAUAAUAAGACAAGGUAUUGAAUGCUGACGAUGUAGCGGGGAAAGCUGGUGAGGAGAUAGGCUGGGUUUGAACUUGCACAACAACGACCCUUGCCAAGUUUAGUCCAGAAUUAUCUAAGUUACCACAGA